GCCGGCGCGGCUACUCGCUGGCGUCAGCUGCGGCGCGGAGGCGGAAGAUGGCGGCGGCGCCCGGGCGGCCGUGAGGAGCGAGGCGGUGGCGAGGACGGCCGAUGGCGGCGGGGAGGCGCCCUCGGGGACCCGCGGGCCGUUAAGGCGCGACGCUGGGCAUGUCGGAGCUCGCGGCGCCUGGGGCCCCGGGGCCCGGGCCCAACGGCGGCGGCGGCGGCGGCGGCCCAGCCCCCCCGCGUGGGCCUCGCACCCCCAACCUCAACCCCAAUCCUCUCAUCAACGUGCGCGACCGGCUCUUCCAUGCGCUCUUCUUCAAGAUGGCUGUCACCUACUCGCGCCUCUUCCCGCCCGCCUUCCGUCGUCUCUUCGAGUUCUUCGUAUUGCUCAAGGCCCUGUUCGUGCUCUUCGUCCUGGCCUACAUCCACAUCGUCUUCUCCCGCUCGCCCAUCAACUGUCUGGAGCACGUGCGGGACAAGUGGCCGAGAGACGGCAUCCUGCGCGUGGAGGUGCAGCACAACUCGAGCCGCGCGCCCGUCUUCCUGCAGUUCUGCAGUGGCGGCGGCAGCUUCCCUGGGCUGGCUGCGGAGCCGGCAGGCCUGGAGCUGGAGGAGGAGGACGACGAGGAGGAGGAGCUGACCAUGGAGAUGUUUGGGAACAGCUCCAUCAAGUUUGAGCUGGACAUCGAGCCCAAGGUGUUCAAGCCACCAGGUGGCCCCGAGGCCCUAAACGACAGCCAAGACUUCCCCUUUCCUGAGACGCCCACAAGAGCGUGGCCGCAGGACGAGUACAUCGUGGAGUACUCGCUGGAGUACGGCUUCUUGCGGCUGUCGCAGGCCACGCGGCAGCGGCUCAGCAUCCCAGUCAUGGUGGUCACCCUGGACCCCAUGCGGGACCAGUGCUUCGGGGACCGCUUCAGCCGCCUGCUGCUGGCUGAGUUCCUGGGCUACGACGACAUUCUCAUGUCCAGUGUAAAGGGCCUGGCGGAAAACGAGGAGAACAAGGGCUUCCUGCGGAACGUGGUGUCCGGGGAGCACUACCGCUUCGUGAGCAUGUGGAUGGCCCGCACGUCCUACCUGGCCGCCUUCGUCAUCAUGGUCAUCUUCACCCUGAGCGUGUCCAUGCUGCUGCGCUACUCCCACCACCAGAUCUUCGUCUUCAUUGUGGACCUGCUGCAGAUGCUGGAGAUGAACAUGGCCAUCGCCUUCCCCGCAGCGCCCCUGCUGACCGUCAUCCUGGCCCUCGUGGGAAUGGAGGCCAUCAUGUCUGAGUUCUUCAACGACACCACCACGGCCUUCUACAUCAUCCUCAUCGUGUGGCUGGCCGACCAGUAUGAUGCCAUCUGCUGCCACACCAACACCAGCAAGCGGCACUGGCUUCGGUUCUUCUACCUGUACCACUUCGCCUUCUACGCCUACCACUACCGCUUCAACGGGCAGUACAGCAGCCUGGCCCUCGUCACUUCCUGGCUCUUCAUCCAGCAUUCCAUGAUCUACUUCUUCCACCACUACGAGCUGCCCGCCAUUCUGCAGCAGAUCCGCGUCCAGGAGAUGCUGCUGCAGACUCCCCCUCUGGGCCCUGGCAGCCCCACGGCCCUGCCGGACGACCUGAACAACAACGGAGGCACCCCGGCCGCCAUGCCCGACUCUCCCGGCCAGCCCCCUGCCCUGGGCCCUGGCUUGCAGGGUGGUGGCGGAGGCCCUGGGCCCGUGGCUGAGGCACCUAGCUCCCUGGUGGCCGCGGCGGCCUCGGUAGCUGCAGCAGCCAGUGGUGACCUGGGCUGGAUGGCAGAGACGGCCGCCAUCAUCACAGACGCCUCCUUCUUGUCGGGCCUGAGCGCCUCUCUCCUGGACCGGCGGCCGGCCAGCCCCCUGAGCCCCAGCGGGGCGCUCCCUCGGGCCCCCCAGGACAGUGCCCCCACAGGCGACUCCCCAGGGUCUGACACAGCCCCUCAGACCUCUGGGGUGAGUGGGCCCAGCCUUGCGUCCACGGCUCCAGUGGAUGCGCCCUCAGAGGUCGGCUCCUGAGCCCUGGGCAGCUGACCGCCUCUGUCCCUGGCCAUCCAGGCCAGCUGGGUGUGACCUGGCUGGAGCCCUCUGGGGUCAGGGAGGCUGUCCCCAGUGGCUCUGGGACUGCCCAGCCUGCCUUAGGUGGUAUCGGAGUCCAUCAGGUUUGCUUGGAGGCAGGCUUCUCUCCCCCAGGGCGUGGGGCCUGCCUGCAGCCUGUCCCUGUCUGUGGUGGGCCCCCUCAGCCAGUGAAUUAAGACCGGCCGAUGAGCCAGGGUGGGAGAAGGGACGGGGGCUCCAUGGAAGGUUCUGCAAGGGGUUGGUGAAAGGUCCGGAGCGAGCUGUCCCGGGGCAAAACGGGCAAGCCUCUGAGCAAGGUGAAAUGAGUGGGGCCGGCUCAGCUGGUGCUCCCUCGUGUGCAGUGCCUUUCCACCGCCAUCCCACACGGCCAGGCUGGGGCCCCGGGAAGGCGAAGCUUGGGCCCAGGACGCGCCCAGGCACCAACAUUGAAGGCGGCCACGGGGGGUGCCGGGGUCCCGCCCUGCUCGGGGUGAGGAGACGGCCGGUGGCCCAACCCAGUUACGCGGUGAGGAAUGCAGAAGACGGCUCAUUCCACUCUAUUUAAUUGCAGUGUACAAAAUGGUGUUUGUAUAUAGAAUAAACUGUUGACAGCGUCCA